UCCGUAGAAAUAGUUUGUUAGGAGCAUUCCAGAAAGUUCUGCGUGUCUUUGCGGUCCUACCCCAGGCCUCUGGUUUAAAAAAAAAAGUGGGGCUCCCAAAUAAGGGGCGGUGUUUCUUGUGACGUAGUCGACUACAGUGAAACCAAAGAUUGUUGAUUACUAAACGGUGAACGUUAGCGCCUCGCUCCGCUUUUUAACUCUCUGGUGAAACUGCUGUGAACGGUGGAGAAGAGCUGUGCUGUUGAACAUAAGAAUCAUUUUGAACGCGGCGUAAAUCCUUCCACGGCUUUUUGUAUAUAUUGCUUUAGCUAGUUAACUUAACUUAUUUGGAAACAAUGGCCGAAAGCGACUGGGAUUCUGUGACUGUCUUGAGGAAGAAAGGCCCGUCGUCAGCGCAGGCGAAAUCAAAGCAGGCCAUAACGGCGGCACAGAGGCGUGGUGAAGAAGUUGAAACCUCAAAGAAAUGGGCUGCGGGUCAGAACAAGCAGCACUUAGUGACCAAGAACACAGCCAAGUUGGACCGGGAGACUGAGGAGCUCCACCACGAAAGGGUUCCACUGGAGAAAAUCAACGAGAAACCUCAGGUCAUCGCGGACUAUGAGUGCGGAAAGGCGAUCCCCAGCAAUCAGGUCAUGAGCAAGAUCGAGAGAGCCAUUGGCCUGAAGCUACGUGGGAAGGAUAUUGGACAACCCCUCGAAGCAAAGCCAAAAAAGAAAUGAAAAUGAAAGCCUCCACUGCUUGACUGUGGCCUUCUAACCCAUCUCCAGUUUGGGUCAAAGUUCAACGUGUGAUGGACAUAUCCUUUAGCAUUAUCUUUGUUUGGGGGCUAAUAAAGUUUGAAACAUUUGGCAAUA